AUGUCAUUUACUCUAAGUAAAAGAGAAAAUGAUAAGGGGAGUAACUUUACAUCAGUCACUGUAAGUAAGGCAGAAAGUGAAGAGGACAAGUUUGAAGACGCCUAUGAAGUUAUCCCUGUGGCAUCAACAAUGAAUCUAACAUCUUCCCUGGAAGAAUGCACAACUGGAUUGUAUUUAUUUCUAAAUAACAGAUUCUCAGAGGCCAUAGAUCUCAUUCAUCCGUGGUCGAAAAACAGCAUAUACCAUGCUCUAAUUUAUAAUAUCCUUAUGGUUGUCAAGGCCAUCUUGACUUUUGAUCCCUUGGAUCUACGGAUUGGAAUGACUGCCACAAAGGAGGCUUUGAAAACCUGUAACAGUUUCCGAAGAAAAUCUAGGAUGACAAGUUUUUCUCAUCUAGUGAGUAAACAGGGAAUAAAGACUAUCAAAGAAGAGGAAUUGCAUGCGGAAGUCUGCUAUGCUGAGUGUUUGAUUCUGAAAUCCUCCAUCACAUUUAUACAGGAUGACAGUAUGUUUGGUUUUCUUAAAAGCGCAAUCAACAUCGGGUUAAGUUAUCAAAUAUACAAAGACUGUCAACAAGUAUUAACACAGAUAACUCACAACCGCAGCAAAACCUACCGACACCUGGUUGGAGGAGUGAAAUGUGGUCUUGGAGCAUUCAAUCUGAUAUUAUCGCUUGUGCCACCAAAGACCCUUAAACUACUCAAUAUUGCUGGAUAUUCCGGUAAUAAAGAGGUGGGCUUGACUUUGCUUUAUGAGAGUGCAUCUGAAUUCCAUAUAAAUAAUAUCUUAAGUGUUUUGACUCUCCUCUUUUAUUACAGUUAUAUCUAUAUAGCUGUUGGUGUUGAAAAGGGUCACAGUUCUGCUGUAGAGGACCUCUUCCUAAUAUACCUCCAGAAAUUUCCAAACUGUGUCGUACUUAAAUUUUUUCAUGCGCGUUUUAGUAUGCUGAAAGGAAAUUUUGAAAAUGCACAGUUAGUAUUAGAGGAGUGCAUUUUGAUUCAAAACGAAUGGGAGCAGGUUCAUCACCUGUGUUACUGGGAACUCAUGUGGUGCCACAUUUUUCUGCGGAAUUGGAAGCAAGCUUACCGCUAUGCCGAUCUACUGUAUCAUAACAGCAGGUGGUCCAAGGCAAUAUACGUGUACAGUAAAGCUAUGCUACUCGCCCUGCUUCCUUCUGAUUCUGUCAAAUCAGGGAGCGAGGACAUAAACUCUCUCUUCUUAAAAGUGGAUAGCCUGAGAAUCAAAAUCUUGGGAACUUCUGUGCCAAUAGAAAAGUUUGUUGCUGAGAAGGGUCAGCGCUACGGCACGACCAGGGGCUGGUUCACAGCACAGCCCAUUCUGGAAUUCAUUUACGCCUGGAGUGGUUUCCGAGUCAUGAGCAAAAAACUAGACCUUAUUUCAAGCUGGCUCUCGAUAAUUAAUAGAGGACAAGACCUUUUACGAGAAAAUUCAAAUAAAGAGUAUGGCACAGAUGACAUCAGUUUGUUAAAUUUACUGAAAGGUCUAUGCCUGAAACACUUAGGCAGAUAUUCGACAGCUGAGCAUUACUUUAAUCGUGUCAUUCAAAAGGAGAAAUUGUUAAAAUAUGACCACUACUUGGUGCCGUAUACUUACUACGAACUAGGAAUUCUUCACUAUCUAAAAGGAGAUUAUGACAGUGCAACAAAAAACCUAGACAACAUAAAAAACUACAAGGACUAUUCCAUGGAAGCCCGAUUACAGUUUAGGGCUCAUGUAGCUCUUGAACAAGUAGCUAAAGAAAAGUGA